AUGGUGGACACAAAUAACACCAAGCGCACAUUAAAUGACAUGGAAAUACCAAUGAAAGAUGUAUUAUUAUCAACAGAAGAGGCAGAUGUUGUAUGUUGUCAAUGUGGAAAUAGUAAUGUCAAGUAUCGAUGUCCUCGCUGUGACCGCAUCACGUGUUCGCUGCAGUGCUGCGUAUGGCACAAGAAGCAGUUUGAAUGUAAUGGAAAGCGUGAUCGCACAAAGUACGUGCAGAUGAAGAAUUUCACAGAUGCUGAUCUUUCCAGUGAUUUCUUUUUCUUGGAGGAGGUCUCUCGCUCAACGAACAGCGCAGCACGAUCUCGCAGCCAGUUGAAUGCGAACGCGCGACGCUAUACUGGCAAUAAGAAGCGAAAAGGUGCACCGGAUCGAUACAAUACUGGACCAUCAUCGAGUCAAAUCAACCCUGAUGUUCCUGCGGACUGGUUGGCACGCUUUCCCGUUGCUGUUCAGCUAUUUGCUGAGCACUCGGCCAAACGAGGCGUCGCGUUGACACUCCUUGCUCCGGGCAUGAGCAAACGCACGCGUAACUCUUCCUACAUGAAUAAGAAGAAAAACACAAUGUACUGGCGUGUUGAGUGGGAGUUUCCUAGCGCCGCAGUGCCGGUGAGUCAUUUUGAGGAACGAGCGGAUGAGAAAACCUCACUCUUCGCGCUGCUGAAGAAGUAUCUAACACCCACCCCGGAAAAUGUUGCUGUACGUGGCAAGCUCAAGAAAUAUGCUGUGCCUAAUUGGGAGAAGCACAUUGUACUGCUUUUGCGAAAAGAGUUCACCGCGGCAUCGCAGCCACAGUACUACCGCCUUAAUGGUAAUGAGAGCCUUGAAAGCAAUCUAAAGCGUAAGGCCGUAGUCGAAUUUCCUGUGAUCACCGUUGUACUUGUGGCCGACGCUGAUCAGUACCCCAUAGCUCACGAUGUAAUUGAGACAAUAUCCUCGAAUGCAAACGAUCAGCAGGUUUCGGCUGAAGUACCCGAAGCAAUGGAGAUUGAAGAGGAAGAGGUGAAGUGCAAUACCUCAUUCAAGUUGCUGACAGGUGAAGGAAAGAGCAUUCCAGAUAAAUGUGUUUCUGUCUCGGAAGAGGAAAGCGAGCAAGUUGAGACUUUUUUCUCACAGCACAAAAAUUUACUGAUGGAGGAGCUUCAAGACACAAAGUCGGUGCUUACUAGAGAUGAAUCUACACCGAUAUGCAAUGAAUAA